UUGUAAUGUGAUGUAUUUUCAAGUAUCUUUAACUUUGGAUAUAAGAGUGCGAGUGUAACCACUGUUGCGCCAUCUAGGUAUAUACCUUGUAUGUAAAGCUACCUACCUAAGGCAACUGAUCAUUAAUAAAGUCGAGAAAUAUUAAACCGCUCAGUUUCGUUUAUUAGACCUCUCGCUUUCUGUCGAUGAACUCGACAUUUCAUAUUCUUUGCCCUUUGAGGCGAUAGACGUCUCGAAACUGCUGUGCUAUUCUCAAGUAAUCAUAAUACAGACGUGCCGCAAAUCUCGGAUCAUAUAUAUACCUACCUCAUAUAUCAAGUCUUCAACAGUCAACGUCGUCGUUAUAUCAUUAUGGCACUAGGUAGAUGGACGUUUCCCACCAGUAGGAAGCCUUCUUCUGCCAGUUCCGGCGGCAAUCGUUCGAACGGCACUACAACACCAACCGACAACGAAACUCAGGAUCCCUCAAAAUCACAAUCUCGCAUACUACGAACCCUGACCGGGGGCUUCAGAUCCCACAAACCUAAGAAGUCGGAAGAGCGCGACGAGUUUGCUCAUUUGAACAAACCAUUCACCCAACAGAAUCUUGAACACCAGAAGAUACUGAGCACUUUCGAGUGGAACUUUGGGAAGAGAAAGUCGAGUCAUGGCGGUCGAAGUAGUACGAGCGGUAUCAGCCCAAGUGCUUCGCGAAACACCAGUGUUGACCACAGCUACGUACCUCCGGACUCUGAUCCAAUAGAGACACGUCCUCGAUUCAACAGUGUCUUAAUCCAGAAGUCGCCUCGGGAGGACCCGCGAGGGGAGAAAGAGGCAUAUCGAACGGAGGGGAACUAGGUUGGCUUCUAAUGGCAGUAUGCGAAACGGUUUAAUGGGCUACGAUAAGACGAAUGUAAUGAUACCUGGACGGAUUUAUUCACUGGUUGGCGUUGAGGGAUAUAGAGACAUCGGGAUGAAAGGUCGGAAGCAUUGAUUGGGAGCAUUGAUCAACAUGCUUGCUAAAGAUAGAUAUAUUCGUUGUGUUUGACAUGAUACACAAAUGCGGUAUGCGAUAAUAUGUACACUUGCUGGUAAAAGUUAUAAAGGCCUCAGAAUUUUCAGUGUAAAAUAUAACUCAUUGGAGAUAUCCUCAUAGACUGUGUAAAAUUGUUCAUCAUUGGCCAUAUGCAGUUGAAAAGGAAACUUGAUGCCAAGUCAAGCUCUGACUUGUCUUAAAGUAAUCUUGGAGUUACUAUUUCUGGUGAUUUGGAAGUAUCGUAUCGACACUGCUUAGUGCGAGCAUAACGGUAUAUGUCCAAGCAAGAGAUGAUACUUAAAUGGUGUUGAGAUUAUGCGAAUAUCGUGAACCUCGGGUCUCCUACCCUAAAUGAAGAAAGAAUAUGUAGAUAUUUAAAUCGAGUUACUCGAUAGCAGUGAUCUCGAGUUUCGUGAAUAUACGGCGAUCUUAGAGCAUAGCAUCAACAUGCACUGCAGAGAUAGUUGAGCAUCGGAAGAAUGUUACGCUUCUGUAGGGAUUUCAAGAAAAAAAAGAAAGAAAGG